AUGAAUCAAAGUUUAACGUUGGGCAAUGGCAAGGAGGCCAAAGAGCUGCUGGAAGGGCGCCAGCUCACCCGUACGGACAAGCGCUCUGAGGUGAGCGUCGAAGGUGGAUUUGCAUGUUUCGAGUUCACUUCAAAAGCACUGCAGAUCACGCCGUCGCAGUUUCUGCCGAAGGAGUUGUGCGGUUGUGUCCCUGGUUUCAAUGGUUCGGGAGCGAAUUGCACGAAGUGCCCUACGAACUACUUCAAUGGAGAGUACAAUGGAUCUUGCCAGAAGUGCGAGGAGGGAAGCCAUGCAACCGAAGGAUCCAUAUCAUGCAUUUGCGCAGUUGGCAAACACUACAAUGACAACGGCACAAAACGCUGUGGAUGUGUUCUUGGGGAAGCCUUCAAUAGGUCCAACGAUGGGGAGGGUGAAUGCCUGCCGUGCCACAACGUUAAUCUAGAUUGCCCACAUCCAGGCUUGCUGCUAUCGUCAGCCCUGCCGGAAGAGGGCCAUGCCCGCCUUCAAGAGGAAGACACCGCGGCAAUUCGCUGUCUUUCUUCGCAGAUCACCAGGUGCAACAAAUCCAGCGGCAAUGGUUCAAGCACUUUCGGCUGCGCAGAUGGCUACAGUGGCAUUCUGUGCUCGGAUUGCGCUGCAUAUCAUUACGCCUCCGGCGAAAUUUGCGAAGCGUGUCCAAGCACAGAUACACUGCCAGACCUCUUGCAUAUCGCCGUAGCAGCGGUGGUUGCUUUGACAGUAGCUUCGGUAUUGGCCUUAGUGUGGCUACGGUUGAGAACGCCGGAAGAAGCAGAACCAGCCGAAGCAUCUGUGCUGUCGGUGCUCAAGGAGCAGAUGGAGGGGCAGGCGCCCAUCCUUCUGCAAAUGUGCCAAAUGUGGGCUGUUCUUGCCGUGCUUGCCAAAGAAGGACAAGCGCACAGCUCAUCAUCCUUGUGGGAACUGCAGUACGUAGAGGUUUCGCAAUUUUCACUUGCAAGCCUGAGGAAUAGCCUGAACUUACAAUGCCAAUUUGACGCUGCAACUGUUCGCCUCGCCUCCGCGCUGAUCGCUCCGGUGGCCCCACUGCUGCUUUUGGUGUGCUGCCUUGCCUUGGAAGCCUACAACGGAUCUGGCAUGCGUGCCGCGUUGAAGGUUCUGACGAUGUUGUACAUUGGGGGGGCGUCCGCGGCAUCAAAGCUGUUCAGCUGCCAAACGACGGACGGCGACGGCAAUCUCCUCCCGGAGGAGUUUGCUUUCCGCAAGUGGCUUCCUCAACUUCGUUGCCACAACGAUCCUCUUGGACCCUAUGUGUAUGCGACAGGCAUGGCUGCUGCCUUUUGCUACUGCGUUGUGGUUCCGGGAUGCCUCAUAUACCUGUAUGUCAGACAGCAUUUGGUGCUCCUACCAGGCAAGGAGGUUGUGGCUUUGGCAGCAGAACAUGGUGAUUUGGAAGUGUGGCUGGUGCAAACAAAAAGCUCUUCACCUGAUAAAGCGACUCUCAAGCAUGCGACGUUCACACCGCGUUUGGUGGCAGCAGCUGCGGCCUACAUCUCCGUACUGAAGCGAGGUCGUGUGAGUGUGGAAUUGAAGGACGACAAGGUGAUCGUAAAGCCCAUCGCAGGCGAUUCCUCUCGAAGAGACGAGUCUCACAGCGCCGAUGCGAUCAGUCUGGUUGCCAAAGUUGACGUUGGCUCCUUGAAGAGCCGAGAACUUGCUGAAGCCAUGAUGGACCGGUGCAUUUUGGAAGAAAACGAAGCAGAGGAGCCGGUCUUGGCGGGAGCCAAAGACAUCUUCCUCAAGUACGCUCGUUGCCGAAAUGUGUACAUGGAAAUCCUACAGAAAGCUGCCGCCAUCUCGUUGGUGGCAGUGGUAGGCAGUGAACAUGGCAGAGAGCUGUCAGUCGCGAUCACUUUGCUGAUGGCCGGAACAAGCGGAAUGGUGCAGCCGUUUUUGCAGCCGCAGAUCAAUGCUCUCCAAUGCUGCUGUUUUUUGUGCUUGGCUCUGGCAUCAGUGAGCUUCAGCUUUCACAUGCCUUGGUUGAGUCGCUUCGCCUUGACGUUGCCUUUCCUGCUCAGCGCCUUCUUAGCCCGAAGGCCCGACAGCACGGAAAGCCUCUCAGUGCGACUCUGGAAACAGCUGAAGCAGCAGAUUCCAAAGCUGAAAGACGAUGGCAAAGCAGUGGAGGUCGUCGCCGAAACCUUUAACUUCUGA